AUGUACGGACAGCCACCGCCGUCUCGCUCUGGUGGCGGCCGCCGCCGUGGUCGAGAGGUUGCGCAGCCGCCUCAACAGCAGCAAAUUCCAGUGACCAGCAAUAUUUUCCCGCACCCCUCUUUCUUCGUUCCACAGCAGAACCCUGCUUUCUUGCCUCCCCUGUACCCCUUUGUGCAAAACCCUACCACUUUCCCGCAAGUUCAACAGCCCUUCCCCUACAGCAAUUUUUCUUACCAGAUGAUUCCCGACAACAGUAAUUUUCAAGAUCCCAUGACUGAUGGUAGCAGUAACAGUAAAUCUCCGCAACAGCACGAAAAGAAGAAGCAUGUCGGCGAGAUGGUUGAGAAAUUUGACAAGGCGGCGAUGAUGGCUUGGAAGGACCUUCUGAAGUUAGAUGAUAAUGUUUCCGCGUGGAAAGUUUCUCAGUCCGCUUUGUUGAAGGUGAAGGCGGAGUCUUGGGAGAGUUUGGGGCUCCAAAUGCAGCAAGUGCCUUCACUGAAUCGUCUACUCGUUGUCGAAGGGAAGAUCAAUAUGUUCAUCCAUUGCUUUGUCUCCGCCAGAAGAAUUACUUCACUGUAUGAUUUGGAAGUGGCAAUCUGCGAGAGUGAAGGUGUUGGACGCUUUGAAGAGCUGGAAUUGGGUCCCUUGUUGAGGCAUCCACUUGUUGUGCAUUACUUUUCUGUGAAUUCUGAGAUAACUGAGGUGUAUAGAAUCACAACUGAGGAGAUAAUUUCUUACCUUUGUGAGUUCAUUGAUACUCACAAAAGGAAAAAAAUCAAAGCUGAUAUCUUUUUGGAUUUCAUCUCCAAGAAAAAAUCUGUGAGUGGCAGGGAAAAACUUUCUGUGUGUAUCCAGAACUUUGGAGCAUAUGUUGAUCAUAUAGAACGGGCAAGACAGUCAGAAGAUAGAGUACUAGAAAAAUGUUACGAGAAAAUGAAAACGGAAUCUGCUAAGAAGAGUAAGCGUCCCCUUUUUUCUUCCCAAAAGAAAGAGUUGGAUGACCAUUUCACGGCAAUAGCCCAACGUAUGGAGUCAUUUUCAUCAGUCAAUACCCAAUUUUGUGGAAAACACAUAAGAUUUACAUCAAGUUCAGAUGAUAAUAGCAGCGACGAUGAUGAUGAAAGCGAAGCUAAUGAGAAUGUUGAUAAUUGGAAUCAGAAGAAUACAGAGAGCAACUGCAGUUUGUCGCUUCCAAAUGUGAGAUCAGACCGUGGCAGUGGCUGUCCUUACCCUUCUGCAUCUGAAGAAAUGACAAGGCUGGGUUUGAAAAAUGAAGUAGAAUCCAGCCCUUAUACACCUGUUGGUGGUAUAAGGAGCAAUGCUGACAAUGAGCAUCCCCGAAGAAAGAGAAGAUGUGAGAACACAUGUUCCAGUGCUUCCUUGGCUGCCAAGAAGUGUAAAGGAGAAAAAAACAAUGAAGAUCCCAAGAACGAGGGCUCUGGUCUUCGGGGUACAGGUGGUCAUUCACCAUCCAUCGAGUCCUUAAAGAUGUUUUUUACAACUUGGAAGGAGGCAUGCCGAGUGAACACCGCUGAUGAGGUAGUUCUUGAGAGGAUGCUUCAGUUUUACAAUGCGAAGUGGAAAAAGAGAGCAAGAGAGAUGUUCAAAUUGUACCCGUUUUGCGGAUUGCUCCAUGCUGCUGUGACUUUUAUAAAAUUUGGGAUGUCAGAUCAUAUGUAUGACACUUUCCAAACUUUAAGCCAACAAGAUGUUGAUGGCAAAAAAUCUGAGAGUUCACCUGAUUACAUAAGCAUUGAUGUUGAACCAGCUAAGAAGGAUGUUGCUGUUUCAGCAGAGCUACUUCGCGCACAUAAACGUGAUGCUAGUGCUCAAGAUAUUGCAAAGAAAGUUUGUGGAUAUUUGGAGAAUGACAUCAGCUGCUAUAAAGGUACUUCUUUGGAGAACAAGUUACGUCUUUUCAGGACGCUUUCCCAGUGCGAGGGUUGGUUAACUGAGCAAUAUGGCGUUGAGAAGUUUGAAUCCCUUGGUUAUGGAGAAUAUUUAAUUUUUGUAGAGAAAUAUUUGCACCUAUUGCCUCAAGCGUUACAAAAGUGCAUUGGGGGUGACAUAUCUGAAAAUGUUUCUUUGGAGGCACACCUGUUGCCAGUUCAGUUGGAAGUUUUAUUAUCACAAGCUUUAGACAGCCUUCGGGAAAAUGAAUCUAUAAACAUGCUGAAUGUUUCCGAGUUGCUGGCAAAGCAGUUUCCUUCAGUGUGUUUCAAGCUAGGUAACGGUGAUCUUAAGACAAAUCGUCCAGAUAUGCUACGAGAAAAAAGACAGAGCUUAUCUUCAAGUUCUGUAUUGUUUUCUGUACCAUUGUCUAGAUUAAAUCGUGUGCGUGAUUCAGCUGCUCAAAAUGGACAAAAAGUGGAAGAAACUAGUGAGUUUGCCUAUAAUACAACAGUGGAAGGGAUGGUUGCUGCAUUUACUACUAAGGAUGCUGUGGAGGCGAUACUUAAGGCUCCUAUGAUGAUCGACUUAAACAUGUGGUUGCAUUGGGAUGUUCUGUAUGCUCCUUCUCUUGGUUCGAUUGUGGAAUGGUUGUUAAAGGAGGUCAACACCAAAGAUUUGUUGUGUUUGAUUACCAAGGAUGGCAAGGUGAUCCGUAUUGACCAUUCAGCUACUGUGGACUCAUUCUUAAAAGUUCUCAUUAGAGGGUCUUCUUUUGAAACAGCAGUGCAAUUACUAUCUCUGAUUGUACUAUAUGGGGGGGAAAAUAAUGUUCCCCAGUCACUUCUAAAGUGCUAUGCACGCCAAGGUUUUGAGGUGAUUAUUGAUAAUUAUCUGCUCUUAGAAUUACAUAAUGGUAAGAAUCCACUCAUACAUGGGAAAUUAUCAUCUGAUCAGCAUACUGCUGGUGAAAGCACAUCCAGAGAUGUGGUUAGCAAGUCACUCAAUAAUAGAAGUAUUCUGACUAGAGCAACUCCAGUUAUGGCAAGGUUUGUUCUUGAAUGUUUGAGUUAUCUGCCAAUUGAAUUUUGCCGUUUUGCGGCAGAUGUAUUGAUCACUGGAUUGCAAUCUUUCGUGAGCAAUGCUCCUGCAGCUGUCUUGAGCCAAUGUAACCAGAUAAAACAGCGUCUCAUGCUUCAUGAGGUAGGGAUGUCUCUUGGGCUGAUGGAAUGGGUUCAGGACUACCAGUCUUUUUGUUCUUCUGCAGGGACAGGAUUUUCAUCUGAACUUACAUCUUUAGAUGUGGCUAAUCCCGAUAUAAGUAAAACAUCCGUGGUUGGCCAAGGUGAACUGGAGAAGCAUCUCUCUUCAGGUGGAAUGUCGGUUUCUUGUGAUGAGCGAGUCAGUGUUGAGGCUGAUUCAGUUAAAUUAUUCCAUGAAUGUCAGGCUGGAAGUUCGGAAUAUCAAUUGCCACCCAAUAAUCUUAGUGGUGGUGAUCCAGUCAGAGUUAUUGAAUCUAUCAGGAGAGAGGAAUUCGGUAUAGAUACAAGUCUUUCAGCAGUUGAAAAUAACAUGUUGGAGAAGCAGCAUGCUCGAUUAGGCAGGGCUCUCCAUUGUCUCUCGCAAGAGUUGUAUUCCCAGGAUUCUCACUUUCUUCUGGAGCUGGUUCAAAAUGCUGAUGAUAAUAUCUACCCCAAAAAUGUGGAACCCACUUUAACAUUCAUUCUCCGGGAAGAAGGCAUUAUUGUACUAAAUAACGAGGAAGGUUUUUCAGCCAAGAACAUCAGAGCACUGUGUGACGUUGGAAAUUCAACGAAAAUAGGUCAUAGUGCUGGAUACAUUGGGAAGAAAGGCAUCGGCUUCAAAUCAGUUUUUCGGGUUACAGAUGCCCCUGAAAUUCAUUCAAAUGGGUUCCAUAUCAAAUUCGACAUAACUGAAGGCCAGAUUGGUUUUGUUCUGCCAACAGUUAUUCCUCCAUGUGAUAUUGACUUGUAUGCCAGAUUGGCAGCUACAGAUGAUGAUCACGUGGACCGGAACUUGUGGAACACAUGCAUUGUGCUCCCUUUUAGACCUAAAAUGGUGGAAGGCUUUGCUAUGAACCACAUCUUAUCCAUGUUUUCAGAUCUUCAUCCUUCUUUACUUCUGUUUCUACAUCGUCUCCGAUGCAUUAAGUUCAGAAACUUGAUUGAUCAUUCACUCAUUGUUAUGCGGAGAAAAGUUUUAGAUGAUGGUAUUGUUGAGGUUGCCCUUGGUAAUGAGAAAAUGACUUGGUUUGUUGUAUCACAAAAGCUAAGAGCUGAUGCCAUUCGUUCAGAUGUGCAAACAACAGAAAUUUCUAUUGCAUUUACAUUACAGGAGAAUUCUGAUGGAGGAUAUGCCCCAAUUCUGAAUCAACAACCUGUUUUUGCAUUUCUUCCGUUGAGGACAUAUGGCCUUAAGUUUAUUCUCCAAGGGGAUUUUGUUUUGCCUUCUUCCAGGGAAGAAGUUGAUGGCAAUAGUCCAUGGAACCAAUGGUUGCUUUCAGAAUUCCCUGAUUUGUUUGUCAGUGCUGAGAGGUCAUUUUGUGCUCUACCUUGUUAUAGAGGGAUCCCUGGGAAAGCUAUUACAGUGUUCAUGAGUUUUAUUCCUCUAGUGGGUGAGGUGCAUGGGUUUUUUUCUAGCUUACCACGAAUGAUAAUUUCCAAAUUGCGCAUGUCAGACUGCUUGAUUCUAGAAGGUGAUGAAAUCAAAUGGGCCCCUCCUUGCAAGGUCCUGAGAAAUUGGACUGAGCAAACUCGUGAUCUAUUACCUGAUAGUUUACUGCGCGAGCAUCUUGGUCUUGGGUACUUGAAUAAAGACAUUGUUCUCUCUGAUUCAUUGGCGAAGGCUUUGGGUGUGGAAGAGUAUGGACCAAAAAUUCUACUUGGGGUCAUUUCUUCACUGUGUUGUUCAGAUAAUGGGUUAAAGUCGGUGGGCAUCAGUUGGUUAUGUUCUUGGUUCAACGCUGUCUAUAUGAUGUCAUCCCAGUUUCUAAUGCAAACCACUCCAAGUGUUGUGUCUGAAUUUGAUUGGAUAACGAACCUUCAGAAAAUACCUUUUAUCCCUCUUUCAGAUGGUAAAUACAGCUCACUGGACGAGGGCACCAUUUGGUUGCAUUCAGAGCCGGUAAGUCAAGAUAUUAAUGAUGAGCGUCUUCUGAAGGCUUUCCCAAAAUUGUAUGCAAAACUGCGUAUUGUAAGUCCUGACCUUUUGGGAGCAUCCUCAUGUUCUGACACAACUAUUAAGGAGAAUGUUACAAAAAUGCUUUAUAAAAUUGGUGUCCAGCAGUUGUCUGUUCAUGAUGUUGUGAAGGUACAAAUCAUACCAGCCAUAUCUGAUGAAAAAAAUGCAACUGGGCAGAAAGAAUUGAUGAUUGAGUACCUUGCCUUUGCAAUGUUCCACUUGCAAUCAAGUUGUAUGACCUGUAGCCUAGAAAGGGCUAGCAUUAUUGCAGAGUUGCAGGAAAAGGCUCUCAUUCUGACGAAUUAUGGCUUCAAACGAACUUCUGAGGUACCUAUACAUUUUAGUCAGGAGUUUGAAAAUCCUGUUGAUAUGAGUAGGCUAAUUACUGGUAUGGAUAUGAGAUGGCAUGAAAUUGAUGCUGCCUACGUGAAGCAUUCAAUUUCCAAGUCUAUAUCUGGAGGAGUAUUGAAGUGGAGGAAUUUUUUGAAGGAAAUAGGAAUAACUGAUUUUGUUCAAGUAGUUCAAGUAGAGAAAAGCGUUGCUGAUAUAUCUCUUGCUGAUAAAAAGGAUGUCGUGCAUGUCAAAGACAUCAUCAUGUCUACUGAUGUAAUUGCUAAAAAUUGGGAAUCUGAAGAGUUAUUUCAACUAUUGACUCGGCUAUCUUCAAAACAUGACAAGGAGAAAUCUAAAUAUCUCUUGGAGAUUCUUGAUCGAUUGUGGAAUGAUUAUUUCAGUGACAAAGUUACUGGUUAUUACAUUGGUUUUGCUGGGGAGCACAAACCAUUCAAAUCAUCGCUUUUGACCAUCCUCCAAGAUACGCCAUGGGUAGCUUCAAAUGUUGACAACAAACUUUUUUAUCCUAAAGAUUUGUUCCAUGAUUGUGUAGCAAUAAACUCAGUACUUGGUGGUAAUGCUCCUUAUACUAUUCCAAAGGUUGUAAGUGAAAAGUUGUUAGCUGACAUUGGUUUUAGAACUGAAGUUACUGUUGAUGAUGCUAUAUCAGUUCUUAAACUCUGGAGACAAUCGGAAUCUCCCCUCAAGACUAGUUUGUUGCAGAUGUCCAACUUCUAUUCAUUUCUUUGGAAGGCGUCGUCUUCUUCAAAGAUGCAAGUUUUAGAGGAAUUACGUUCAGGACCUUUCAUAUUUGUUCCGAAUACUUUGAGUAGUUCAGAGGAGGCUGUUGUACCUGGUGCACUCUUGUCUCCUCAGGAAGUAUAUUGGCAUGACACAAUUGGGAUAGUUGAUCAAACAAAGUCAACCCAUUCUCAAUGUGUCCGAAGCAUAGUUAGUCCCCAGAGAAUAAUGUUACACAGCUUUUACCCCAACCUUCAUGACUUUUUUGUGAAUGAAUGUGGAGUGGAUGAAAGUCCUUCUCUCUGCAGCUAUCUCCAGAUUUUGCUGCAGCUGUCUACUAUUGCUUUACCUCAUCAGGCAGCAAAGAAGGUUUGUGAGGUGUUCUUACUGUGGGACAAUGCUUUGAAAUCUGGAUCUUUGAGUUUAGAUGAUGUCGUGUACCUGAAAGAAAGUCUCCAGGAAAAGAAGUAUGCUAUUCUUCCUACUAGACAAGAUAAAUGGGUAUCCCUACACCCAUCAUAUGGUGUAGUCUGUUGGUGUGAUGAUAAUGACUUAGGGAGGGAAUUCAGACACCUCCAUAGUAUUGAGUUCCUUCACUUUGGAGAAUCUACCGAAGAAGAAAAACAGAGUCUUCAGGUCAAGGUCUCUGCCAUAAUGCAAGGACUGGGAAUUCCUGCUCUCUCUGAGAUUGUAACUCGUGAGUCAAUAUGCCACGGUCCAUCAGACUCUAGUUCCAUUUUUUCUCUCGUGAAUUGGGUUUUUCCUUAUGCUCAGCGCUACAUACAUAAUGCGUAUCCCGACAAAUAUUCUGAACUCAAGCAGUCUAGUUUUGAGAAUAUUAGGCGUCUGAAGAUUGUUGUUGUCGAGAAUUUGUUCUUCCGGAAUGUCAUAAAGAAGGGUGGGCUUAAAUCAAAGAAAAGGCACCAGUGCAAGUGCCUUCUGCAGGACACCACCUUGUACUGCAGGCGUGAUUCAGACCCGCACUCGAUAUUCCUGGAGCUCACGCAUCUUGUGCUAGACCAAGCUCCUAACCUGCAGUUUGCGAAUUUUCUUCACAUGAUUACAACCAUGGCCGAGUCAGGCUCCACCGAGGAGCAAGUCGAAUUCUUCAUCUUGAACAGCCAGAGAGUGCCCAAAAUCCCGAAUGAGGAACCCACCUGGUCUCUCUCCCCAAUCGACGCUACACCCCUUGAAAACGUACUUCCCCUGAACGCCGAUCAACAAAACCCCUCAGAACCCAAGAGGCCCGGAGCAAUCAACUCAACCUGGCCGCCGGCCAACUGGAAAACUGCACCGGGUUUCGACUCUGUCAGAAGCAAAUCUAAAAGAACAGCGGUACCGAAAAAUGAAGGCGAGAGCGUCACCCCUGAAAAUAUUCUUGAGAAGUCCAGCGCCUCGUCGCCACCUGGCGAGAUUCUGAGUAUUCCGGUCGAGGUCGAGACUCUGGAGCCCGAACUGCAGGCUGAACUCACUCUUCCCAAUGCCACACUUCAGGUGCACUUGAAUUCUGGCAGUGGUGAGCGAGGGAAAGGGCAGGUAUCGGCCAUGAGGCAGCAGGCUAUUCUUACAGGGAGGCUCGGUGAGCAUGUGGCAUUCGAGUAUUUUGUGGGGAAAUUAGGAGAAGGGGCCGUGAAUUGGGUGAACGAGAAUAACGAGACGGGCCUGCCUUACGAUAUUGUGGUGGAGGGCCAAGGAGAGGAGAAGAAGGAAUACGUGGAGGUAAAGGCGACUAAAUCGAACAAGAAGAAUUGGUUCCUGAUAUCGAUGAAGGAGUGGCAGUUUGCGGUGGAGAAAGGGGAGUCGUACAGCAUUGCGUAUGUGGUCUUGGGUGAUAAUAACAAAAUGGCUAGGGUCACCGUGUACAAGAACCCGGCAAGGUUGUGUCAACUGGGCAAUCUACGGUUGGCAGUUGUGGUCCCCAAAGAAUAA